CGAACUGUCAAAGUGCAAUGUCUGCUGUGCCUUGACCCGGUGACAAGCGGCGACAAAAUACAAGACACAUAUGUAGCGAAUAGUGGAAUAGUGAAGACAAAAUUCUUGGGUGACGUGACAUUUGAUAGGUAAAAUUUGUUUGGUGACAGCGUGCAAGAAUAUGAAGAAAGUUCGUAUGCUUUAAGGCUAGCAAAAAACGUUAAGUGUCCACUUCCAGAAAGUUGUCAAAAACGACAUUAAAGUGUGAACUAAUGAGAUAAUAUCGUAUAUUCGAGGAACACCGUCGCCAUCAGCAGAGGAAUUAGACCGAAAUAACAAUGUUCCGUGUGGAUCCGCAAUUCUUAUAAACAAACAGCUAAAAUUAUAUUAAUUGCCCGCUGUGCGGUAGCCCAUUUUGAUGAAAACUACUUUGCAGGUGUAAGGCUAAGUGGAACCGGUGAGCGCGCAAAAUAUCACGGGUUUUAUUCAGAUUUCAGUAAAAUUUCUCCGGAAAGAGUGCUGAGAAGUGCUGUCUGAUCUUGAAUUGGUGAAGAAAUUGUUGUCGUUGGUUCCGUGGCAGUGGAUCACAACCCAGCCGUUGCAUGCGCGUUUCUCUGGGCUGCGAAGAUCGUCCCAGCUUGAGACUGUUUCUGUGCAGUGUGUGUUUGGCCCGACCCGCGAUCGUGCGCCACUUAGUUAAUAAAAGAAGUGCCAAGAGGAUUUAUAAUUUGUUCGUACUCGUUUUCGUGUUUCGCUACAUCUUCUGUGCAGUGCGUGCUAUCUGUCGAGUUCGACGUUUCGGCGAAUGAGAAGCGACUGCUCGCCCCCCGUUCAAUUCAAUCCGUCUGAAACUAAAUAAAAAUUUCUAUCUGCCGCCCGCUUUGCAUCUCUGUUAAUCGAGAAAGUGGAUUUUUUUACGAUUGCUGAUAUCAAAAAUAGUGCAACUAGUGAGGGUGAUUCUUAGGAAGGUGGCUGACUAUUGAUAAUUAUAACUUAGUUACCGGAAAUUAGACAAGACCACUCCAGACCUAGGUCAAACAGUGGAGAUCAACAAACGGAAAGUACACCAAGAAACUCGUUAGGAAUUAUGUCGAAAAUUGUGAAUGAAAGUAUGGAAUAUGCUCGUGAAGCUCUGCAUGCGGAGAGCACUAGUGAUAUGUUAAAAAAUAAUACACGUAAAAAUGGUGAAACGAAACGUGAGCAAGAACCAGCUGCUUUGAUGAAAUUAAAAACAUAUUUAUUAGCUUUGCGACCAUGGUCGCUGUCGGGAAGCCUAAUGCCUACUUUAUUGGGCACAGCAAUCGCUCAUCGUUCCGGAUCUACAUAUGACUUCAAUAUUCUGAUAUUCCUGCUAACAAUAUUCUGCGUGGUGACAGUACAUUGCGCUGGGAACGUUGUAAAUACAUAUUUCGAUUUUGUCAAAGGAAUUGACAAUCGAAAGUCGGAUGAUCGGACACUAGUGGACCACAUACUUUCUAAGGAUGAGGUUGUCUCACUUGGUGCUCUACUCUACCUAGCCGGAUGCGUAGGAUUUGUGUUCCUGGCCAUACUCAGUCCAGCUAAAAUGGAACAUUUAGCGCUAGUGUAUUUCGGAGGACUAUCAUCUAGCUUUUUAUACACCGGGGGCAUUGGCUUCAAAUAUAUCGCACUAGGUGAUGUUUUAAUUCUAAUUAUUUUCGGUCCAUUAUCGGUCCUAUUCGCAUUCAUGGGCCAGACGGGUCACGUCGACUGGAGUACAAUUUACUAUGCUAUACCCUUGGCCAUGAAUACAGAAGCUAUACUACAUAGUAACAACACGAGGGAUGCAGAGAACGAUAAAAAGGCUGGAAUUGUUACUGUAGCUAUAUUGAUCGGUCGUACAGCAUCACAUGUACUAUAUGCCCUCCUACUAUUUACUCCAUACAGCGUCUUUGUAGUUCUAGCUGUGAAAUAUUCUGUUUGGUUCCUUCUACCGCUCGUCACUCUGCCACAAGCUUUUCAAAUUGAAAAACAAUUUCGUAAUGAAACAACAAUGCAAGGAGUGCCACGACAAACGGCCAGAUUGAAUUUCUUUUUCGGUAUUUUGUACGUUGUUGCAUUGUGUUGUGCUCGAACAUUGCCUGUUACUUCAUUGCGAAAAUAAUUUUGAAAAGAAAACAAAAGUCUGGCUUAAAUAUAAAAUUUUUUAUUCUAGUGACUUCUCUUAUUUAAAAGUAGUUUUUAUUUAUUUAGUUUAGAGUGAAAGAAACAUUCUGAACUUGCAGAGAGUUUUUCUACAUGAGUCUAUUGAAUGUAAAUGUGUUAUGAACAUAACAUGCUGUAAGUUACAGCGUAUCAAAAAAGUCGAUCCCUGCUAGUCAGGCGAGAACACUGAAUGUUUCUAAAUUGAUUAAAUGUAUUUUAUAAUGAACCAGAAAAUGUUCAACAUUGUACUAAUAUAAAUAAGUAAAUUUUCAGAAUGAU